ACCUUCAGAUUUGAAGAUGUGCCUCUUUGGCGUUUGGGUUGCUAGGGUGCUCUAAAUGGUUGCUAGGGCGUGGCUAGACAGUUAGCAGGUUAAACCGACUGACUGCAUGUCUGCCCAAAUCAAAAAAGCCAAACUCGUGUAUCUAAUAAGUAUAAGAAGUAUGCAAGAGAACAAAAGUGACGCUUUACCGGAGGCAAGAACCACCAAUAAUGGAUCAAAAGAAUUAAUACAAAAGGUAAAAGUAUGUAUAUAUAAAAGGGUUUGCUUUUGCACAAAGAAACCAAAUGAAAAAGGUGAAACUGUCAACAACAGAAAAACAUCUGAAGAAAAGCACUUCUCUUGAAGCAGAAGAGCGCUGAGGGAGGAAACAGGCGGAUGAAGAGCAGAAAAACAUCUGGGUUCUGCUCAGCGUUCCUCACUUCAACAGCCUCUGCUCUUUAAAAACAGUGUUGUUGAAGCUGAAGCUCAUAAUGAAGACCUCAUUACUCAUUCUGCUGGUCAUCUGCUGCAGUUGUGUGUGUCAGCGGAGACCCAGCAAACAAUCACCGCUGGACACAACAGCCCAGACCCACAACACAGAGAGUUCUUGUGGCGGACGCCCGCUGGAUCUCAUCUUUGUGAUUGACAGCUCUCGCAGUGUCCGGCCUGAUGACUUCGAGAGGGUCAAGUCCUUCAUCAGGGACGUGCUGCUGUUCCUGGACGUGGCUCGCGAUCAGACGCGCGUGGGACUCGUGCAGUUCGGCAGCGUCGUGCAGAAUGAGUUCUUCCUGAACAGCUACUUUCAGGCCCGGUACUAGGCUUGCUGGACUGGGGGGGCAAUCACAAAUUUUGGUAGGGCAGCAUUUUCUAGGCUAAUAUUCAUAGCUAACUUUUUGUUUUUUUGAUUCAUCAAGAAUCGUCUUGUGGCUAACAAAUUAUAGGCUAUAGCCUAAUUUGUACUGGCUAUGUAGGCCAUGUGAAUUAUUUAUGGACAUAAUAAGGGGCGGAGCCAGACAUUGUAAACAUUCGGGGCUUAACCGAAAUCUAUAUUUGUCCAAUGACAUUUUAAUUUACUGACAUGAAAGGAGCGUUUUUUGUAGUAUUCUUGGUUAAAGUUCAUAAAA